UCAGCAACUCCACUUGAAUCGUUUUGCAACGCUACAGUUCCGCAUUCAAGUCGACCAUGACAACAAUACCUUCCCGACUCGCGCAGGUAACGCGCAUUUCAAGCAGCCGCGCAGAUGCGCGCCUUCGCGUUAUUGACCUAUACAGGGGAUGGGUCCGUGCUGCUCCUGAGAUUUGUACCCUUUACGCGUUGAGCGUCACACCAGCCUACGUGCGGCAUUGCAUUCGCCAGAAGUUUGAGCAAAACCGCCACGUAACAGACCCCCGCGCCAUCGAGGUGUUACUGCUCAAGGGCCAGCAGGAAUUGCAGGAGACGGUGAACUGCUGGAAACAAACGGACCAUAUAUAUGGGAUUUUGCUCAAAAAUCAGGAACGGCCACAGCGGACAUUCCUGCAGAAGUUCUAUGAGGGUCGUGACGAGGAUGUUGUUCUUCCCGCCGCAUCUGGCGUUGUAUAGGCUAUUAGAAGAGAACGAUCAGACUUGUUUCUUCUGGCAUCAUUAAUUCCUUUCGAGUCCUUGAUUGACGUGGGUGAGUGGUUGGUGGAUGGAUGCACCCCUUGUGCGGCAUUGGCCGUCAUCGUUCCCGGGCCUGCCCUACAGUUUCAUGCCAGUUUGAAUUUGUGUCCGACGAUAGUUAUUUUUCAGAACACCUCCUGGUUCUGAGGGGUGACUCGCAGCUUGGUGA